CCCUCCGUGCGCCACGGCGUUUCCUUCGUAAUGGGCUUCUCCUCCGCAUCUCCGAGGAACGGCGAUUGGUGAGGCUUUCUCCUCGCAUCUCCGAGAAGGGCGCAAACAAUCGAACAGGAAGGGGGCGUGACCUGAAACCCUAACCGAUCGAUCGGAGAUGGCGGCCAACCCUUGCGUUUUCUUCGACAUGGCCGUCGGCGGCGCGCCGGUGGGGCGGAUCGUGAUGGAGCUGUAUGCGGACGUGACGCCGAAGACGGCAGAGAACUUCCGGGCGCUGUGCACGGGCGAGAAGGGAGUGGGGCGCUCCGGGAAGCCCCUCCACUACAAGGGCUCCACCUUCCACCGUGUGAUCCCGGGGUUCAUGUGCCAGGGCGGCGACUUCACCUGCGGCAACGGCACCGGCGGGGAGUCGAUCUACGGCGAGAAGUUCGCGGACGAGAACUUCGUAAAGAAGCACACGGGUCCGGGGGUGCUGUCUAUGGCGAACGCCGGGAAGAAUACCAACGGAUCGCAGUUCUUCGUCUGCACCGCCCAGACCUCGUGGCUGGACGGCAAGCACGUGGUGUUCGGCCGCGUGGUGGAGGGGAUGGACGUGGUGAAGAGCAUCGAGGCGGUGGGCUCCCACAGCGGCUCCACCAAGAAGCCGGUCGUCGUCGCCGACUGCGGGCAGCUGUCUUAGAUCGCAAGCACACGUCGAUCUACCUGCUCUACACUGUUUCGUGGUGGUCGUUGAAAUAAUCGAUGGAUCAUGUGUUGUCGUCGCGUGUUAUCGUCGCCAAGUUAGGUUUCGUAUCGUUACUAUCAUAUCUUCAUCGUCGUCGUCGUCAUCGGUGUCUGUGUCGAGUUCAAAACCUAUAUACAUGUCAUCACCGAUCAAUAAAAUAGGAAGCUAAUACGGAUGCCGAGUUCAUCGCC